AUGUCGGAAACGAAAAAGAUUGCCCCUCAGGCGCCCAGCACCAGCGAUGACGAGACCGAUGCGCUCCCCGAAUCGGCCAGCCAUACCGGGCUCGAUAAGUCGUUCCCGGAGGGUGGCGCCAAGGCGUGGCUCACCGUCUCCGGGGCGUCGGCGUGCCUCUUCGUAUCCUUUGGUUGGGUAAACUGCGUCGGCAUCUUCCAGAACUACUAUCAAACGCACCAGUUGCGCGACUACACACCAUCCGACAUUGCCUGGAUUCCCGCCCUGCAGAUUUUCUUCAUGAUCUUUAGCGGGAUCUUCGUCGGCAAGAUAAUCGAUGACUACGGUCCCGCGAUUCCCCUUGCUGUGGGCACAUUUUUCCAUGUCUUUGGCUUGAUGAUGGCCAGUAUAUCAGAAACAUACUAUCAGAUUCUUCUAAGCCAAGCAGUCUGCUCGGCAAUUGGUGCUUCUAUGGUGUUCUAUCCUGCUUUUACAUGUGUCUCAACGUGGUUUUUCCAGAAACGCGGCGCUGCUAUGGGCCUUACCGUCUGCGGUUCUUCUAUCGGAGGCGUGAUAUUCCCUAUUAUGCUAGUCCAUCUGAUCCCACAGAUUGGCUUCGGCUGGUCUAUGAGGGUGUGCGCCUUUCUCAUUCUGGCGUUACUGGUCUGGGCCAAUCUCACCGUCAAGUCCCGCAUCCCACCUACUAAGCGCCCGCUCCACCUAAAAGCUUUCGUCCAGCCCCUCCGAGAGCUGCCCUUUGGGCUCCUCACUGCCGCUAUCUACUUCUUUUACUGGGGCAUGUUCAUUCCAAUUACGUUCAUCGUGGUUGAAGCUCGCGCAACCGGCGUGUCUGGAAGUUUAGCUCAAUAUCUCGUUGUCAUCCUGAACGGCGCUAGUAUUAUUGGACGAACAGUCCCUAACGCUCUCGCUGAUAAGGUUGGUCACUUUAACGUCAUGAUCACUAUGAGUUUUUUCACAACGGUCCUCAUCCUAGCCCUCUGGAUACCGGCUUCGGGAACCGCAGCCACUAUUGUUUUUGCGGCGCUGUUUGGGGUGGCGUCUGGAGCUGGUAUCGGUCUGACUCCCGUACUUAUUGGACACAUUUCACCUAUUCAAGAUAUUGGGGUACGAACCGGGUCUGCGUUCUCAGUUGCCGCAAUUGCGGCUCUAACCGGCUCGCCAAUUGGCGGUGCCAUCGUCAGCAGUAGCAACGGUUCGUUCCAAAACACCAAGAUCUUUGGGGGUAUAAGCUGCGUCAUUGGCUUGGCGAUGUUUAUCGCCGCCAGGGUUGCGCUGGUGGGUUGGAAACCAGCCAAGGUCUGA